UCAGCCAGGGCGUCCUGGACUGGGGGGCGGCCAUGUUACCCAACUGGACGUGCAUCGAUGCCCACCGCCAGGAGAUCGUCCAGAUCAAGAGCGGUUCCUCCCCUCUGAGCAGCCAAGUAAGGGUGCUGGAUCUCUCCGGCAACCAGCUCAGCACCCUGCCCCCGGCCUUCCUGGCCCAGGCCCAGGGGCUGAGAGAGCUCUACCUGCAGGACAACCGCCUACAGAGCCUUCCCAGGGACUUCUUCGUGAACGCCACCCAGCUGAAGGUGCUCGCGCUGCAGGGGAACCGGCUCACAGGGGUGCCGGGCAGCGUUUUCACUCCCUCCCUGGAGACUCUCACCUUGAGCUGCAGUUGCGACGUGCUGGGCACCCUCCCCGAUGAGUGCCGGGAAACGGGCCCCCCCAACUGUUCCAUCAGUGUCUUCUGCUCAAAUGCCAACAAGGAGGUCUUCAACAUGACCGCCUUCUACACCCAGAACUGUGGCCACAAGCCCACAUACCUCUACGCCGCCGUCAUUGUUCCCAUCGUGGUCGUGCUCGUCGCAGCCGGUGUGGCCUGCUUCCUGGUCCACAGGAGGAAGAAGGCCGCCAUCCACCAGGAGAAGCGGCCGUCCAACACAUCCGAGGGAGCCCACGGGCCGCCACGCUACAUCAGCCGCUCCCUGGGCGAUCCCAGCAGGGAGACGGACCACGACACCAUCGCCAACUAUGAGAACGUCUUCAUUGAGCCGCCCCACAGGGCCCGAGGGAGGCCGGAGGGACGCCCCAGCAGCCGCAAGCCGUCGAAAAGCAGGAUGCCACCCGCCCCCACCCAGGAGGCCGAGGACGCCCCGCCGGGGGACCAGCCCAUCUAUGCCAACGCUGUGGACCUCUACUACAACUACAACCUCCCAGGCGGGACCCCCGAGCCCGGAGCUCUGGCCGAAGACAUCUACAUUAUGCCCGAUGAUCGGUGACCCCGCCGGCCCCCAACACGCACAGCCCCACGGGGGCAUCCCCCUCGCCACGCCGGAAUCCCCUCCUGUCCCGACUGGGACCCGACGGGGACAUUUCCCCUCCACUGGGACCUUUGCUUGCAUUUUGUGGCCUUCUGCUUUCAGGGUGUUGCAGGGGGUGGAAGGAGAGACAGGCCCCUGGUGCCCCCUCCUCUGCCUAAUGGCCCAGGGCAACCUCCCCCCCCCCGUUCAUUUCUCACCUGCAACCCAGGUUUAUUUCCCUCUCCCCUUCUUAAUUGUCUCUCAAGUGCUGCAUUCAACCAGGGUGGCCAAACUGGAGGUUUCCCAGCUGCUGUUGGACUACAGCUCCCAUCAUCCCCUGCUGCAAUGGCUGAUGGUGGGGUCUGUAGUCCAGCAGCAGCAGCUGAAGUGGGCACCCCUGCAUUGAAGCCCUCCUUUGGCGAGAGGUUGGUUGUUGGUUUAGCGAGAUUCAGCCACACAACCAUGAGAAUCACUCUCCUCUUGGCCUGAAGGGGGCAGCAUUCCACUCCCUUCAAGGCAAGAUGUGGGGGGGGGAAGGGGGGGCAUUUAAACAUGGCCAUGCGCUCUAGACCAGAUGCCUACUGUGAGAUACUUGUGGGAGGAAAUGAACCCCAUAAGAACAUAAGAAGGGACCUGCUGGAGGAGGUACGAGGCUGGAGGCCUCCACCAUGUCCCGUUAACCAUUCACAGGAGUCCUUAAAGAUGCCGCCUCCAGACAGUGAUGGACAGGGGAGAGCAGACCAAAAUUCAGGAUUACCCCCAAUCGAUUGGGGCAACAACAACAACGUUUAUAUACCGCUUUUCAACCAAAGUUUCCAAAGCAGUUUACAUAGAGAAAUAAUAAAUAAAGAAGAUGGCUCCCUGUCCCCAAAGGGCUCACAAUCUAAAAAGAUAGACACCAGCCACAGUCACUGGAGGGAUGCUGUGUUGGGGGUGGAGACGGGCCAGUUACUCUCCCCCUGCUAAAUAAAGAAAACCACCACUUUAAAAAGGUGCCUCUUUGCCUGGUGAGCAGGGGAGGAAGGGGAACCAAAGGUAAUUUAACUGCCAUGCAUGGUUAGCAAAGUUUCGAAGUUCACCUGAACCGAAUUUCUUCCUGGAUUUCAUUGCUCCAAAUUUCUGCUUGGUUUUUGUUUGUUUUGGUUUGGGGUUCCCCCCCCCCAGGAUAAAACACGAACCCAAAAGGCA